AUGUCGCCGUCGUCUGGGCGCUCUGCGGAGAGAUGGGAAGCAAGGACUGAACCGACGGGCCUAGGGUCGGAGCGCCAGAUUGGGGGCCCAAAUCGGGGAGGCAAGAUCAAGCUGCCUCGCUCAGGCCGCUUGGAGAUCCCUGGCGGCCACCCCCGGAUUUUCCCGGGCCGCGAGGCGGGGGGGCGCCCCCCCCCCGGGGNAGCGGAGCUCCGAGCCAGGGACGCGCGGCAGAAGCCGGAGUUGGCCGGACCCGCGGGCGGAGAGGAGGGAGGGGGGCGCGGACUGCUACCUGGCGCAUCCUCGGCUGCGGGGCUCCGGCCGCCCGCACCUUCUUCGCCAGCCCGCGGACCCCGGGCCUCGGGAGGCGUGCGGGCCCCCGGCAGUGGCGUCUCCAGGCGCCGGGCAGCGAGCAGGGGGCUGCAGGUGCUGGGCGCCGGGCCCUGCCGGGAGAGCACCCCCCCCCCCAAGCUCUCCCGUCGGCCCGGGCAAGGCUGUUCCCAGGUUGCAACGUUUCCAAUUCGAGCUCCUCGGGAUGAAUCAUCCCCCUUUCCCGCCGCCUGUCCUCCUUUCCGGCCUCCUCCACCCGAGGCCUCAGUGGCCCGCGUCCCGGACGGAGCAGCACCGCCCCAGCACCUCAGGCCGCUCCAGUUUGGGCCGCCCGGCUUCAGCCCUUCCCGGCCUGUUGCCUAA